AUGUCUCUCCUCCAUAACGAAGACUUCACGAUAUGGCAGCUGCGCACUUCUUACCUCUCUACAAUCAAGGAUGGCAUUGGUGACAGGCUUAUCAAUGUGAACCACUCCGUACUUAACGCGCCUGGGUUUCGCGCCGCAGGUUGGCCGACAGCUUCCACGAACCAGCCCUCGCAACUUGCGGCUAGCAUCAAACGAGCAUACUCCCCUCCGAUCCCUACAACCACCGCGGUUUCAUCAGAAUACUACCAAAUAAGCACUAGGGAUGUGAAUGAUUCGCAAAGAUUAGGGUUUGGGGAGGAUGGAGAAGACGAUGAGGGGGGUAUGGUAACGGGGAAGUCAACUACCGAUAUGGUUAGCCGCCGUUUACAUCUGCGAAACGAAAAGCGAAUGCAUCGAAGAGAUCGCCAGCAAAGAGAACAACAGAAGGCAAGGGAAAGGGAGAUCGAAGAGGAAGACAGCAGUGAUCUGAGCGAUGAGAGUGAUGAGGAAGGAGUUACUCCACAGCGACAUAGUGAAGAGAUCAAAUUCGAAAAGGUGCCUGUACGGACCAGGGCGGACUCGUCACCCAUCAGGACAUCUGACCGCCAGGAAAGACCCCAGGUUAUGAUUACGCACCCGUCGCAACAAUCAGUGACCAGCCAUUAUCGCACCGGGUCUUUGGGAACAGCUCCGACCGUUAAUGAGCGCCCUCGGCGUGACACAACGACGACUACAACUAGCAGUGACAUAUCUUCCGACCACGAGAUCGACACAUCGGCCAUCAGAAGGCGUCAGAUUCAUUUUUCCGGCCAGGAUCAAGUGAUAGGACCAUCCGAAUUAGGGAAAGCCAGCUGUGACGGCCUCGAGCAGCUGGAUGAGCAGGUCGAAGACUCCGACGCUGGGUCAGUGGAAAGUACACUGUCGUCAGAAUUUGAUGCUACAGCCGGUUCUGCUUCGCUUCUGGGAGGUGUUGGUAUAACAGGAGGCUUGGAUUCCUCAUCACCAAUUGCAUUGAUGCACAAGUUACCACAUGGACCAAGUUCUCAAGCUGCGUCUCCACGGAAACCAAAACAGCCUGCACCUGAAUUACAGGACCUGCCGCCUCCUCGACCAAUAAGCAUGAUACAGCCUGUUAGUCUGCUUUCCACAGCUCUAAAUGCUCGCGCAAAGACGCCAGCAAAUCCCGUUGAGAAAUUCGCAGUACUUUCUGGCGAGGGUUUAACUGACGCCCUGAACAUCCGAUUAUAUGUGCCAUUCUCCACAAACCCCGAAGAGCCCCUCGACCUGCCUCUGGCUCGAGAGUCGAAGUUAGCAGAGCAACCAACUACAGUUACUGUUACCGAAGCGAUCGGAUUGGCACUUUGGAAAUAUACCGAAGACCGUCGAGAACCUCCCAUCGAGCCUAAGAAGCUCACCGUGAAUAGGUGGGCACUUCGAAUGGUGGACGACGGCGAGGUUGAGUACGAUUUCCCGGCAUUGGGUAGAGUAUCAGCCAUAACGGAUUUUACUUCGAACAACAACAACCGAGGGGCCGGAAUGCGCGGUCGAUCCAGAGGGAAGCAAUAUGACGAGUUUGCACUAGUAGAAGCUUCUGAUUCGGAGUUCGAGGAGAAUGAGCGCUUGUAUCCGACUGAGAACGUUUCGGGCCCGGCUGAGGAACCGGGAGACACAGCAGCAACAGCAGCACUUCCUGUUCCUGCGGGCCAGCCAAACCCAGCGAGUAAAGCCCCUCGUCCAAAUCCGAUCCUGGGACAGCCGUUCUCGUCAGCAUUGAACGACAAUACCCUCAUGCCGGCUGAUCGGCCAGCGGUGCCUGUUUCUCAUGCGACGCCCCGUCUUGGUGUUUCAAAGACGCUGAAAAUCCGGUAUAUCAACUUUGAAGCCUCGACCCAAGUUACAACCCUCAAUACUUCAACAGACAGCUACAUAGCAGAAAUUCUCGAUUCUGUCUGCAAGAGAUGGGGACUAGAUAGAGGAAAUUACCUGCUUAAAGUGAUGGGAUCCAACACAAUUGCGCCGCUGGACCGUACAGUUGAAGCAUUGGGCAAUAUCACGGAGCUGGACCUUGUCCGCCGACGCUUCGGCCCGCAAUUGACGGGAUCCCCAGUGAGCUCUUUACCGAACGCACCACUCAUGGUUGAAAACCCCGUUGUUCCGAGCAAGAAGGGAAAGAAGAGCGAAAAGCGGAUGCUGCAUCCUCUUACCCAAAAGCAAGAUCUCAUCGGAGGAUACUACCGGCGAUACUUCGUGCUUCGCAAGCAGUCUAUGGGGUUCACCACCUCACUUCACCGUGUUCUAACAUUUGACAAUGACUAUAUGCACAUCAUGCCUGCGGAUACGGGUAAGAAUGGGUCCGACACGAAGACUCGAUCGAUCAGCUUCAACGAUGUCGUCGGAUGUAAAGUAAGUCGCAGGCAUCCGAAGAAUUUCCGAGUCGUCGUGCUUCGUGGGAACGAUGCGACAGAGCAGAAGCGAUAUGACUUUGAGGCGCGGAAUGCCCUCGAAGCGGUAGAGAUUGUGGACGAGAUUAAGAAGAACAUGGCGCAUUAUCGGACAUGA